AUGACCGUUCAGAUGACAGUUCAGAUGACAGUUCAGAUGACCGUUCAGAUGACCGUUCAGAUGACAGUUCAGAUGACCGUUCAAAUGACCGUUCAGAUGACAGUUCAGAUGACAGUUCAGAUGACCGUUCAGAUGACCGUUCAGAUGACAGUUCAGAUGACAGUUCAGAUGACCGUUCAGAUGACCGUUCAGAUGACCGUUCAGAUGACAGUUCAGAUGACAGUUCAGAUGACCGUUCAGAUGACCGUUCAGAUGACCGUUCAGAUGACAGUUCAGAUGACCGUUCAGAUGACCGUUCAGAUGACCGUUCAGAUGACAGUUCAGAUGACAGUUCAGAUGACAGUUCAGAUGACCGUUCAGAUGACCGUUCAGAUGACCGUUCAGAUGACCGUUCAGAUGACAGUUCAGAUGACAGUUCAGAUGACCGUUCAGAUGACAGUUCAGAUGACAGUUCAGAUGACCGUUCAGAUGACCGUUCAGAUGACCGUUCAGAUGACCGUUCAGAUGACAGUUCAGAUGACAGUUCAGAUGACCGUUCAGAUGACAGUUCAGAUGACAGUUCAGAUGACAGUUCAGAUGACCGUUCAGAUGACCGUUCAGAUGACAGUUCAGAUGACCGUUCAGAUGACCGUUCAGAUGACCGUUCAGAUGACAGUUCAGAUGACAGUUCAGAUGACAGUUCAGAUGACAGUUCAGAUGACAGUUCAGAUGACCGUUCAGAUGACCGUUCAAAUGACCGUUCAGAUGACAGUUCAGAUGACAGUUCAGAUGACCGUUCAGAUGACCGUUCAGAUGACAGUUCAGAUGACAGUUCAGAUGACCGUUCAGAUGACCGUUCAGAUGACCGUUCAGAUGACAGUUCAGAUGACAGUUCAGAUGACCGUUCAGAUGACAGUUCAGAUGACCGUUCAGAUGACCGUUCAGAUGACCGUUCAGAUGACAGUUCAGAUGACAGUUCAGAUGACAGAUGACCGUUCAGAUGACCGUUCAGAUGACCGUUCAGAUGACCGUUCAGAUGACAGUUCAGAUGACCGUUCAGACGUUCAGAUGACCGUUCAGAUGUGUGUGUGUGUGUGGUGUGUUGCUUCAUGA